GAGAAUUCAUUUAAUUGCCACAGCCUCUGUGGCUAAUAAUCUGGUUGGUGAAUUUUCUACACUGGUAGAGGGCCGUUUAUAAGCUAGUGACCAACAUCUCCAAAAGACGACUUCCUUCUUUCACUGAAUUUCCGAAGCUUCCAUACCAGGAUCAACAUGACGUUAUCACCACCACCAUCAAGAAGUAGCGAAAUGUUUCAACAUGAUCUUCAUCAUUUAGUGGCACAUAAUGCGAACACGUCUUAUCCGCAACCAAAGUACGAGCAAGAUGAAGGCAUACAUAUGCAGACACAUUACGAUUCGCCCCUUUCGCACGAAGAUCAAUUCGUACGCUCUCGGCAACAGCAUGCUAGCUAUCCAUACCAGCAUCAACAUCAGGACUCCGGACUAGGGAUUCAAUAUGUGAGUUGCUGAGCAAGGCUUGCCCACUUUGUCCAAACUAAUUGUUGAUCCAGGAGUAUCAUGAUUUUCAGACACCCAUGUAUCAGGAUCAGUACAGUACUCCAGCCAGCUCACCAACUCCUUCAUCUCAAGAUAUGAUAAGAACGAGAAGUGGUCUUACGAUUCAAAGAGGUGGACAACAAACGUUGAGGCCUAUGCCCGAGGGGCGUCAUCGCGCAGAGAAAUCGCCCAAAGUGAAGAAGGCUAAAAAAGAAAAGGUGAAAGCGGAGAAAAAGGUGGCCAAGCUAGAUAAGCCGUUGAGCGAGCUUACCAAAGAUUGGAAACACGUUCCAGUCGCAGAUAUCGAUACAUACGUGAAUAGGUCGGCCGAGGAACGACGUAGAGAGGUAGACGAUGGUAAAGUCCCAGGGAAAGUGAAGAGACCAAUGAAUUCCUUCAUGCUUUACCGCAAAGCAUAUCAAAAUCGCACCAAGGAUUGGUGUUUACAAAAUAAUCAUCAAGUAGUGUCUCAGGUUUGUGGUGAUAGUUGGCCGUUGGAACCCGAGGCUGUGAAAGAGCAGUUCAGUGAAUGGGCUAGGAUUGAGCGAAUUAAUCACCAAAACGCACAUCCGGGAUACAAGUUUUCUCCAACGAAACCUGGCGCCGGCAAAUCCUCCAAGAGGAAGAUGUCUGAAGAUAUCGCUUCUGAUGAUUCAGACUUGACUGAUUUUGAUUGGCAAGGAGUAGGUCAGUCAAAGAAGAGACGGAACUUUCGAAAUCCACCACGGCCCAUGCUGCAACAGCCUGUCAUGUAUCCUUCAACAAGAUCCGCAUACCACUAUUCCUCACGCGAACAUUCUAUGGAGCCAAACUACGACAAUUAUAACAAAUCCUCAUACCAGGUUGCGAACCCAGGAAAGCAACCUCCUGCUCAGUAUAAUCAGGCAGGCAUGACUGGAGAGUAUUAUCAACAGACUAUUCGCAGUAACCCCUUAGUAGCCGGUGUUGAAGACGUCAUCAUCAAGAAGACCCCAGCUCCAGGAGUUCAUUCGUACCAAGUCAGUAUUCCAGGAGGACAUGAGUUCGAUAUAAUGCACCCACAACCACACUAUACACCCUCCCCUGGGCCGGAUUUCAGGAUAGACCCUUCCUUGAUGACUCAAGAUCAUGGCCAAUACGACAAUACCAACUAUCAUGAAUCUCAUCCUGAUGGAGUGUAUUUUGGUAGUAAUCAUGACGCUGAGCAAGCAUGGCAGGCCGGAUACGGAAUGAACGAUAGAGAAAUGGAUCCUGCUCUUCAGUAUCUCCCUGAACAGCAUGCAGACAAAGGGCAGAUCCAUGAUCAACACAUGGAUGUCUUGCGCGGACACCAAGAAGGGUGGCAGAUUGAAACACUAGAUAGUGGCCGAGAAUUCGACAACUGGAUGGGAGCCGGAGAGGAAUAAAUGAUCGAAUGUUGAUGGAGUUCGGGCGGGUUGCUCGUGUACAUGGUUUCUGGGGUGCAUUGGGUACGGAGAAGGAGGUCUCGUUAUGUGCAUUUCUCGUGGUAUUGGCGUGUGGUGUGAUAGUCUGACAAUUUUCUUGUGUAUGGAGAGGUUCGACGAUUUUUGCGAACAUAAAUCUCUCCAUGAUGUAGAUAGGGAUGGACGUUUUGCCUCAUAUCCAGCCACAUAAAUGAGAGCUGGUAUCACCAAUGUCCUAUUCAUAAAUCCUCCUGUGAACUUUCACGAAGCAAUCUGGUUAUUUACCAUAUCUUGCUGUAUUGUAUAUGAUUGAGAAUUUAUGGACAAGGGGUUUGUUAAUAAGGAGGGCUGACGAGCCUUAACAAAGACAUUGUCAUGCAGGUUUCCGUUCCAGUCACAUUGUCCUAUUGUGAUUGAUGUACCUUCUUAAAAGUGCCAGACAUGAAUGAGUUCCUAAAUAAAAACUGCUCAUUGGCAUAAUUGACUCCUUCGUUGUAAAUCAUAUACCUAAUAGUAGACAUUCAGAUUAUACUUGAAAAAGUAAAAAGGUUCAAAUGAGUGU